AUGGUAAAUACCAACUUCCUUCAACUUAUAGCAAAAUUUAUUGCAAUUCUAUGCCUUCUAAUGCAUGGACACGUUCUAUGCAAUGGAGGGUUAAACUCUCAGUUCAUAGCAAGUGAAGCAGAGGCUCUUCUUGAGUUCAAGGAAGGAUUAAAAGACCCUUCAAAUCUUUUAUCUUCAUGGAAACAUGGAAAGGAUUGUUGCCAGUGGAAAGGAGUAGGAUGUAACACAACCACAGGUCAUGUUAUUUCUUUGAAUCUUCAUUGUUCUAAUUCCUUAGAUAAACUUCAGGGUCAUUUAAAUUCAUCUUUGCUACAAUUGCCAUAUUUAAGUUAUUUGAACCUUAGUGGCAAUGAUUUCAUGCAAUCCACAGUGCCUGAUUUUCUAAGUACUACGAAAAAUUUAAAACAUCUUGACCUAUCUCAUGCCAAUUUUAAGGGGAACCUCUUAGAUAAUCUUGGAAACCUUUCUCUACUUGAAUCACUUGAUUUGAGUGACAAUAGUUUCUAUGUCAAUAAUCUAAAAUGGCUUCAUGGACUUUCUUCCUUGAAAAUUCUUGAUUUAAGUGGUGUUGUUCUUAGUCGUUGUCAAAAUGAUUGGUUUCAUGACAUCAGAGUGAUACUUCAUUCUCUUGAUACAUUGCGUUUAUCGGGUUGCCAACUUCACAAACUACCUACGUCUCCUCCACCAGAAAUGAAUUUUGAUUCUCUUGUAACCCUUGAUCUGUCUGGCAAUAAUUUCAAUAUGACUAUCCCUGAUUGGUUGUUUGAAAAUUGUCAUCACCUUCAAAACCUUAAUCUCUCAAAUAAUAAUUUACAAGGUCAAAUUUCAUAUUCAAUUGAGAGGGUGACAACUCUUGCAAUACUUGAUCUGUCAAAAAAUAGUCUCAAUGGUUUAAUACCAAAUUUCUUUGACAAGCUAGUGAAUCUUGUAGCACUUGAUCUAUCAUAUAAUAUGCUCAGUGGCUCAAUACCUUCAACAUUGGGACAAGAUCAUGGCCAAAAUAGUUUGAAAGAAUUGCGUCUUUCUAUUAAUCAACUAAACGGGUCAUUGGAAAGAAGCAUUUACCAGUUAUCAAAUUUGGUUGUGUUGAAUUUAGCUGUAAACAAUAUGGAGGGAAUUAUCAGUGAUGUUCAUCUUGCAAACUUUAGCAACCUCAAAGUGUUGGACCUAUCUUUUAAUCAUGUAACUUUGAACAUGAGCAAAAAUUGGGUCCCUCCUUUCCAACUUGAAACUAUAGGUUUGGCCAAUUGUCAUUUGGGCCCACAAUUUCCAAAAUGGAUUCAAACGCAGAAGAAUUUCUCCCAUAUUGAUAUCUCAAAUGCAGGUGUCUCUGAUUAUGUGCCAAAUUGGUUUUGGGAUUUGUCACCUAAUGUUGAGUAUAUGAACCUCUCUUCUAAUGAGCUGAGAAGAUGUGGACAAGAUUUUUCACAAAAAUUCAAACUAAAAACACUUGAUUUGAGCAACAAUAGUUUCUCAUGUCCCUUGCCUCGUUUGCCCCCUAACUUGAGGAAUUUGGAUCUGUCCAGCAAUUUAUUUUAUGGAACAAUUUCACACGUGUGUGAGAUUUUGUGUUUCAAUAACUCAUUGGAGAAUCUUGACUUAUCUUUUAAUAAUUUGUCAGGAGUCAUCCCAAAUUGUUGGACAAAUGGGACGAACAUGAUUAUUUUGAAUCUGGCUAUGAAUAAUUUUAUUGGAUCAAUUCCAGAUUCCUUUGGUAGCCUAAAAAAUCUUCACAUGUUGAUAAUGUAUAACAAUAACCUUUCUGGAAAAAUUCCGGAGACACUAAAAAAUUGUCAAGUGUUGACUUUAUUGAAUUUAAAGUCCAAUCGAUUAAGAGGGCCCAUACCAUAUUGGAUUGGCACAGACAUACAAAUCCUAAUGGUACUCAUAUUGGGUAAUAAUUCCUUUGAUGAAAAUAUCCCAAAGACUUUAUGCCAACUUAAGUCUCUGCAUAUAUUAGAUCUUUCCGAGAAUCAAUUGACGGGUGCAAUUCCAAGAUGUGUCUUCCUUGCACUGACUACUGAAGAAAGUAUAAAUGAAAAAUCAUAUAUGGAGUUUAUGACAAUUGAGGAAAGUCUUCCGAUCUAUCUAUCUAGAACAAAGCAUCCACUUCUAAUUCCAUGGAAAGGGGUUAAUGUAUUUUUCAAUGAAGGUAGACUUUUUUUUGAAAUUCUCAAAAUGAUUGACUUGUCAUCAAAUUUUUUAACACAUGAAAUUCCUGUUGAAAUUGGAAAGCUAGUUGAAUUGAGUGCAUUAAAUUUGUCGAGGAACCAAUUGCUGGGUUCCAUUCCUUCCAGUAUUGGUGAAUUGGAAAGCUUGAACGUGUUGGAUUUGUCAAGGAAUAAUUUAUCCUGUGAGAUUCCCACUAGCAUGGCUAAUAUUGAUAGGCUCAGUUGGUUGGACUUAUCAUACAAUGCUUUGUCUGGGAAAAUUCCUAUCGGCAAUCAGAUGCAAUCAUUUGACGAAGUCUUCUACAAAGGUAAUCCACAUCUUUGUGGUCCUCCACUCAGAAAAGCAUGCCCCAGAAACAGUUCGUUUGAAGACACACAUUGCAGUCACAGUGAAGAACAUGAAAAUGACGGCAACCAUGGAGACAAGGUAUUGGGGAUGGAAAUAAAUCCAUUAUACAUAAGCAUGGCUAUGGGGUUUUCAACUGGAUUUUGGGUAUUUUGGGGAUCUUUAAUACUCAUUGCAUCUUGGAGACAUGCUUAUUUCCGUUUUAUAAGCAACAUGAAUGAUAAGAUCCAUGUCACUGUAGUUGUCGCACUUAAUAAACUGCGGAGGAAGUUUCACACUCAACAACCUCCCAUGUAA